CCGCAACAGUGAUCUGGUCCACCUCAAGACGCCCGGCAGCUUUUCCCGCGCGCAAGCGCAGCGAGAAUCUCAUGGUGGCUACGCGCAGGGAGUGUAGCGUUUGCUGGUACUGACUUGGAACCUCUCUCGGGUUGACGGAUCUCCAAACCGACCUUGAAGAUGCUGGCCCCGAAAAACAUGACCUGGCGGCGGCUGCAGGGCAUUUCGUUCGGGAUGUAUUCGGCCGAGGAGCUCAAGAAAUUAAGUGUAAAAUCUAUUACGAACCCUCGCUAUGUGGACAGCCUUGGAAACCCUUCAGCAAAUGGCCUUUACGAUUUAGCUUUGGGGCCUGCGGAUUCCAAAGAAGUGUGCUCCACCUGUGUACAGGAUUUCAACAACUGCUCCGGGCACCUAGGCCACAUCGAGCUCCCACUCACAGUGUAUAACCCUCUCCUCUUUGAUAAACUCUACCUGCUGCUCCGAGGCUCCUGUUUAAAUUGUCACAUGCUGACUUGUCCCCGGGCUGUGAUUCACCUGUUGGUCUGCCAGCUGAGGGUUCUAGAAGUUGGAGCCCUACAAGCUGUCUAUGAACUUGAGCGAAUUCUGAGCAGGUUUCUGGACGAAAAUGCUGAUCCUUCUGCCUUUGAAAUUCAGGAAGAGUUAGAACAGUACACAAGCAAAAUUCUGCAUAACAACCUCCUGGGGUCCCAAGGUGCACAUGUGAAAAAUGUAUGUGAGAGCAGGAGCAAGCUCAUUGCUUCCUUCUGGAAAGCUCAUAUGACUGCUAAGCGAUGUCCCCACUGCAAGACUGGAAGGUCCAUCGUCCGGAAGGAACACAACAGUAAGCUAACAAUCACAUAUCCAGCUGUGGUGCACAGGAAAUCUAGCCAAAAGGAUGCAGAGCCCCCAGAAGGGGUACCAGCAGCUCCAGGUAUUGAAGAAGCUCAGCUGGGAAAACGAGGAUACCUGACGCCCAGCAGCGCCCAAGAACACCUUUUUGCCAUCUGGAAGAAUGAAGGAUUCUUCCUGAACUACCUUUUUUCAGGACUGGAUGAUACUGGCAUGGAGUCCAGAUUCAACCCCAGUGUGUUCUUUCUGGAUUUCGUGGUGGUGCCACCCUCCAGGUACCGUCCUAUCAAUCGCCUGGGGGACCAGAUGUUUACUAAUGGCCAAACAGUGAACUUGCAAGCUGUCAUGAAGGAUGUAGUUCUGAUCCGGAAACUUCUGGCAUUGAUGGCCCAAGAACAGAAACUGCCCUGUGAGGUGACAGAACUCACUCCAGACAAGGAAAAAGACUCUUCAGUUGCUAUAGACCGAUCCUUUUUAAGUAUGCUUCCAGGCCAGUCUCUCACAGACAAACUUUACAACAUUUGGAUUCGUCUUCAGAGCCAUGUCAAUAUUGUGUUUGAUAGUGAGAUGGACAAAUUAAUGUUGGAAAAGUACCCUGGCAUCAGACAGAUUCUAGAGAAGAAGGAAGGCCUGUUCCGAAAGCACAUGAUGGGAAAACGAGUUGACUACGCAGCCCGCUCGGUUAUCUGCCCAGACAUGUACAUCAACACCAAUGAAAUUGGCAUUCCCAUGGUAUUUGCCACAAAAUUGACCUACCCUCAGCCAGUUACUCCCUGGAAUGUGCAAGAAUUGAGGCAGGCAGUCAUCAAUGGACCCAAUGUGCACCCGGGAGCCUCCAUGGUCAUCAAUGAGGAUGGAAGUCGCAUGGCCCUGAGUGCAGUGGACGCUACCCAGAGAGAAGCUGUGGCCAAACAGCUCCUAACACCGGCCACAGGGCCUCCUAAGCCCCAGGGAACAAAAAUUGUAUGCCGGCAUGUGAAGAAUGGGGACAUUCUCCUACUGAAUCGACAGCCCACUCUGCACAGACCCUCCAUCCAGGCCCAUCGUGCCCGAAUCCUGCCUGAAGAAAAAGUCCUACGCCUCCACUAUGCCAACUGCAAGGCCUACAACGCUGAUUUUGAUGGAGACGAGAUGAACGCUCACUUCCCCCAGAGUGAACUGGGCCGAGCUGAAGCUUACGUCCUGGCCUGCACUGAUCAGCAAUAUCUUGUUCCCAAGGAUGGCCAGCCAUUGGCAGGAUUGAUCCAAGAUCACAUGGUUUCGGGUGCAAACAUGACUAUUCGGAAUUGCUUUUUCACCCGGGACCAGUACAUGGAGCUGGUCUACCGAGGACUCACAGACAAAGUAGGGCGAGUGAAGCUCUUCCCUCCUGCCAUCCUGAAGCCGUUUCCACUGUGGACAGGAAAGCAGGUUGUGUCGACCCUGCUCAUAAACAUAAUCCCAGCGGACUAUGCUCCCCUGAACUUAUCUGGAAAGGCAAAAAUCAGCGGGAAAGCCUGGGUGAAGGAAACUCCACGGCCUGUUCCUGACUUUAACCCAGACUCAAUGUGCGAGUCCCAGGUGAUCAUCAGGGAAGGGGAGCUGCUGUGUGGCGUGCUGGACAAGGCACACUAUGGGAGCUCAGCCUAUGGCUUGGUCCACUGUUGCUAUGAGAUCUAUGGGGGCGAAACCAGUGGCAGGGUUCUUACCUGCCUGGCCCGCCUCUUCACCGCCUACCUGCAGCUCUACAGAGGCUUCACCUUGGGUGUUGAAGACAUUUUGGUUAAGCCAAAUGCAGAUGUGAAGAGACAGCGCAUCAUUGAAGAAUCUACGAAGUGUGGGCCCCGGGCUGUCAGGGCUGCACUGAACCUGCCAGAAGCUGCAGGAUCUGAUGAGAUCCAAGGGAAAUGGCAGGAUGCCCAUCUGGGCAAAGACCAGAGGGAUUUUAACAUGAUUGAUCUGAAGUUCAAGGAGGAAGUAAACCAUUACAGCAAUGAAAUUAACAAGGUAUGCAUGCCUUUUGGCCUGCACAGACAGUUCCCUGAGAACAACCUGCAGAUGAUGGUGCAGUCAGGAGCCAAAGGAUCCACUGUGAACACAAUGCAAAUCUCUUGCCUGCUAGGCCAGAUUGAGUUGGAAGGUCGGAGACCCCCACUGAUGGCGACCGGCAAGUCACUACCCUGCUUUGAGCCUUAUGAAUUUACCCCCGGGGCUGGCGGCUUCGUCACUGGAAGGUUCCUCACUGGCAUUAGACCUCCGGAGUUCUUCUUCCACUGCAUGGCAGGGCGAGAAGGCCUGGUGGACACUGCUGUCAAAACCAGCCGUUCUGGAUAUCUCCAAAGGUGCAUCAUCAAGCACCUGGAGGGCCUGGUCAUCCAAUACGAUCUGACUGUCCGUGACAGCGAUGGCAGUGUGGUGCAGUUCCUGUAUGGAGAGGAUGGCUUGGACAUCCCCAAGACACAAUUCCUGCAGCCUAAGCAGUUCCCCUUCCUGGCCAGUAACUAUGAGGUGAUAAUGAAAUCAAAGCAUCUUCAUGAAGUUUUAUCCAGAGCAGAGCCCCAGAAAGCUCUUCACCACUUCAGAGCCAUCAAAAAAUGGCACAACAAGCAUUCCAGUGUCCUAAUGAGACAAGGUGCCUUCCUGAGCUUUUCCCAGAAGAUUCAGGCAGCUGUGAAAGCCUUGAACCUGAAAGGCAAGAAGAACCAGAAUGGCCGCAGCCCAGAGGCCCAGCAGAUGUUGCAGAUGUGGUAUGAAUUAGAUGAGCAGAGCCAACGGAAAUACCAGAAGAAGGCAGCCCCAUGUCCCGACCCCAGUCUGUCUGUGUGGCGCCCAGACAUCUACUUUGCAUCUGUGUCAGAAACGUUUGAGAAGAAAAUGGAUGACUACAGUCAGGAGUGGGCAUCUCAAACAGAGAAGAGGCACCAGAAAUCUGAGCUUUCUCUUGACAGGCUGAGGACCUUGCUGCAGCUGAAGUGGCAGCGUUCACUGUGUGACCCAGGAGAGGCUGUUGGGCUGCUGGCCGCCCAGAGCAUCGGGGAGCCCUCCACACAGAUGACACUGAACACCUUCCAUUUUGCAGGCAGAGGCGAGAUGAAUGUCACCCUGGGCAUUCCGAGACUGAGGGAGAUUCUCAUGGUGGCCAGUGCCAACAUUAAGACCCCCAUGAUGAGUGUGCCUGUAUUUAACACCAAGAAAGCACUGAAGAGAGUGAAGAACCUAAAGAAGCAGCUCACCAGGGUGUGCCUAGGAGAGGUACUGCAGAAGGUUGACAUCCAGGAGUCUUUCUGUAUGGGAGAAAAACAGAACAAAUUCCGAGUGUACGAGCUCCGCUUUCAGUUCCUGCCACAUGCUUAUUACCAUCAGGAAAAGUGCCUGAAACCUGAGGACAUCCUGCACUUCAUGGAAACAAGCCCAGUAUACAGAAAGAGAUCCCUCUGGCCCCGAAUCAAGUCCAACAGUUUGCUGAAGCUGAUGGUUUCAAGCAGGUACCUAAAGAAAUGUCUUUCUGUGACCUGUUGGCCAUUUCAGAAAUUUGGAAAUGUAAUGGUCAAUUCAUUAGAAAGAAUGAGGGAGGGAGAUGUGAGGAGGGAUCUUGGGGAGUGUUGUAGCAGGGAGUAGGGGAUUGGAUAUGAUCAAGAUACAUCAUAUACAUACACAAAAUUUUCAAAGAAUGAAUAAAAAUCAUUUUUAAAAAGAAAAAAAAAAAGAGAUCCCAUCAUUGACAGGAUUUGGCCAAUGGCCACUCCCUAUAAUGUACACAAGCUCCCAAAUCUCCCUGCUAAGAUAUUGAAGAUCGGACCAAUAAGAUGGCUCUGUGGGUAAAGGCACUUACCACCAAGCCUGGAGGUCUCAGUUCAAUCUCCAGGACGCAUACAGUGGAAGCGGAGAAUCAACUCUCACAAGUUGUCCGUCCUCUGAUCGCCAUGACACAUGUUCACCAUGACACACAGAUACGCACAGACACGCACAGAUACACGUGCACAGUGGAGAACCAGUGGCAGGGCAGAGAAGAAAGCUCUCCUACCCUCAGCCAUCCCACUUCUAUUCUGAGUUGGUCCAAAGUCACUUACCGAGGCAAGUGCCUCCAUAAGAGAGGGGCUACUUUGAAGGAAGGGAAGAGAGACCUCUACUUCCCUCCUCUAAGACAUCUAUAAGCUGACCCUCAAAGUGAGUGUGACCUUUAGGAUGGUGAAUGUCAGGAUAGCUGAGCUUGGAUCCAAACCAAGCCCUUCAGAUAGUUCACUGACUGUCCAAUCCUGCCCCGUGUAACAUGAGUUCUGAGUGAAGUUGUUGCUACCUGGGUACCUGCCUUGGUGCCUGCCUGUGUGUGUUCUAUCAGGCAGUCCUUGAUGCAUUCUGGGGCAUUGGGCAAACUGACAGGAACACAGUGCAGGCUCUAGCCUGCCAGCUUGUUAAUUAAGAGAGGAGAAGGGCUCCUCCCUGCAGCAAGUGUUGGUACUGGCCUGGAAGCCCUCUUCUGAGAAGUGGGAAUUAGGCUCUCAGGAUCUCUUGAGGGUGGUGGUGAGGAGGUGGAGUCAGUAGCCAGCCUCAUUUCACCUAAGGCUUCAGCUGCUGAGUAUGUUGGUUGCCAUGAGACAUGUGCCAGACUGAGCCUAGAGUCCUGCCUGGACCUCAUGGAAGUGAAAAUAGUAAAUCCCUUUUUAAAAUUUCUUCCUGGUAAGUGACAACACUGGCUUAUUCCCAACAAUGAAGUGCUUUUUCAACUCUUAGAUUUUGCUUGUACACUUGAAAAACAGCCCCAAAUAAGGCUAUGUGCAGAGAUAGCCCUAGCCAACUUCAUAGCAGAGCUCUGAGGUUUCAAGCAAAGUUUUAUAAAAGUAGGAGCCGCCUGUGAACUGGGUAUGGUUUAGAGUCCCUUUGUCAGCCCAGGCAUUGAGUGGCUCAACCACAGUCAGGUCUCAGGGUCCACAGGAAGUAGAAGGGGAGCGUGAGUGCUUUUGUAACAGCCAGCCUCUGCUGGAAGCUGCUGCCUUUUCCACUCUUGCCUCUGCCACCCUUUUUCUCUUCUCCCCUUCCUGUUCUUUCUACUCUCCCAGCUUUAGAAUCAUGAGGCUUUU